AUGUCUGCACCAAUAUCGGCAUCGCCCUCAGAGAAAGCCACAAGACGAAAACCGAAGCGCUUCGCUCCUCUGAACCCCGACAUCAAGCACGGUCGUGACCUCCCCAGAUUGAAGGGGAUUAUAUUCGACGUCGACGGCACAUUAUGCCUCCCGCAAAAUUACAUGUUCAAAGAAAUGCGCCAAGCACUGGGUAUCCCACGAUCAGUUGAUAUCCUUGAACACAUCCGUUCUUUGUCCAACGAACCCGACGGUAUCCCCCCCUCGAGCACUGACUCAGCCGACCCGAAAGGGACACCUCAGUCCUCGACGGACACGUCUCAGCCACCUUCUGCGGACCUGCUUUCGCCAUCCCUCCCCGACCCUACAACCGACACAUCCUUAGAUGAAGGUACUGCGCCCUCGCAGGCGUCACAGCCAUCCAGUCCGCAGUCCCGCGCCGUGGCGACAAUCCAAUCCAUCGAACGCAGAGCAAUGACUUCGCAACGGCCUCAACCAGGUCUCCAAUCGCUAAUGUCAUACCUCCAGCGGCGAAACGUGCGGAAGGGACUUUGUACACGCAAUUUCCCGGCCCCCGUCCAUCACUUGCUGGACAGUUUCCUGCAGGGCGAGGAAUUCGGGACGUUUGAACCGAUCAUCACGCGGGACAGCGAGGGCGUCGCUCCCAAGCCGAGUCCCGACGGAUUGUGGCGGAUUGCGGAACACUGGGGCCUACAUACAGGAGACGAGGGUGGACUGGUCGAGUACAUCAAGGUCAACGGCGAGGGCGGAGAAGGGGAGUUAGACCCGUUGGAAUUCGCGAAACGGUAUCUGGGCAGCGGAUUGAUCAUGGGGGGCGACAGUAUUGACGACAUGGCUGCUGGGUAUAGAGCUGGUGCCGCCACGGUGUUGCUUGUCAACGACGAGAAUCAGGACUUGGCGAGGCAUGAGUACACAGGGAGGACUGUGCAGCGGUUGGACGAGCUAAUUGGUAUCCUUGAGAACGGGUUCUCAGAGGAUGCUUGA